AAAACUUGUUCCUGGAAACUUCCAGAUGUCAAAUUGCGCGUAGUCUUGGGUCUGGAGAAACGAAUUCCUUCUUGCUAUUGGGACAAGGAAAAUCUGUGACAAAGCCAUGUCGAAAAACCAAAUAUAUUACUCUGACAAGUACACAGAUGAGAAAUAUGAAUACAGGCAUGUUAUGCUCCCGAAGCACAUAUCGAAGUUGGUACCGCAGUCUCACCUGAUGACGGAGGAGGAAUGGAGAGGACUGGGCGUGCAGCAGAGCCAGGGCUGGAUCCACUACAUGAUUCACAAACCAGAGCCGCACAUUCUGCUCUUCCGAAGACCCGUCCCUAAGGAAUGAGGAGGUCAGGCAGAAGGAAGGAACCCUCCCCAGUGGAAUGCUGCACUUCUGUCCAAUGGGAACAAAGUGUGCUUUUCUCCCCCUUGUGUUUCGGUUUGUACAGUACAUAAGGCCCUCUGCAGAUCUUUGGUAUUUAUCGCUCCUGCCCUGCCCUGCCCUGCCCUGUUCCAAGUCCCCCACAGACCUUUGGUUGUGUAUUAGAGGCCCCACCGGCCUAGUGCUGGUUGCACAUGUGUGUAGCCCUCCGGCUGGUAGACACGGACCGCGUGUGUGUGUGUAUUUUAGAUCAAGCCACAAGAUUCAAUGGGAAAUCGAGGAAAGAUGGUGUGUGAAAGUGUGUUAUUAUUUUAUAUAGAGAAAAAGAAGAGAGUUCUCAGUUGUAAGACAAGUUGUUGGUUGUCAUUCUCAGUUUGAAGAUUAUUCAGUGGCUUACAAAAAUGUCUGAAAAUAAGUUAGAAGGUCUGACAUGUAUUUGGUCUUUGAUUACAUUUUCUUAUCUUAUGUAUUAUAUUACUAGACCAUAGACUUUUUUGCCAUUUGAUGUUACUUGGGAACAAAAUAAAAGACUAUUUUUUUGUA